UUGGUCCCCAAAAGUGUAAUUUUCUCUCACAUUCACCCGCCACCUCACUAGUUUUUGUAAUCUAACUAUUGCGCUUUUCAAACUGUAAAAAGCGCACAUAUAAUUUGGUCCCUACUCUUUACUCCAAAAAUAGCCCCUUAAACCCUCCUAAAAGUCUUGCAAUUAUUGUACACAACACUACCUUCCGCUCCUACUCACGCUAUUUGUAGCACAACUACUAUUGUUUCUUGUUCUUCCUAAGCUUUUAAAAUUUGCAUCUCGCACCGAACCCUCAAACACGAAAAAAAAAAUAUAAUUAUUAAAAUUACGAUCAUGAGAUCAGAGAUGGUAUCGGAUAAAAAAAUUGCCAACGCAGUCAGUGGAAAGACUGCGAGGGCGUGUGACUGCUGCAUAAGAAAGCGAGCCCGAUGGUAUUGCCCAGCGGACGAUGCUUUCUUGUGCCAAUCAUGUGAUGGGACCGUCCACUCUGCCAACUUAUUGGCUCGGAGGCACGAGCGAGUCCGUUUGAAAACGGCCUCGCUCAAGCGAGUACAACGGCUCGAUUUGCCUUCGUGGCAUCGUGGGUUAACCCGAAAACCUCGGACACCACGCCACGGGAAGCAUCAAUCGAAAUUCGAGGAACGAAACCCGCUUCAUGUAAUCGUUCCGGAGCUCGGGAUGGAGGAAACGACAUCAUCCCAAGACGGUGAAUCGGAGGAGCAGCUUCUCUACCGUGUCCCCAUUUACGAUCCCUUCGUAACCGAUUUCCGUUCCUCACCGACGGUCGAUGACAUUCGACCGUUGGAGCUCGAGGGAGGAUCGGAUGUAUCAAAGAGCACGAUUAGCAAUUCGAAACAAUCCCCUGAUAAUUACAUGCCAUCUGACAUGGAUCUUGAAGAAUUUGCUGCUGAUGUCGAGACCUUACUAGGAAAAGGUCUCGAUGAUGAAUUAUAUGGGAUUGAAGAGCUUGGAUUAUUAGAUUGUAGUUCAAGCAUUAAUAAUAACAAUAUCAAUGAGAAUUACAUUGGUAAAAUUGUAAAAGAAGAAGAUGAAUUAUGCGAUGAAGGAGAAAUGAUCAGGGGAUAUGAGAUUGAGGCAGAGAGCAAUAAUGUAGUGAUCAAAGAGCCUCUCGAGCUGAGCUUUGUUUACGACGAACACGAUUUCGGUACGACUUGGGAAGACGAAGAUGAUCAUAAAAAGAAUAUGAUGAUCGAGCCAUCAGUUAUAAAUGAAUCUUUUAAAUUCGAAGAAAAUGAUGAAACAGAGAAAAAUAAGACAAGUAACAUUUUAUUGAGGCUAGAUUAUGAAGCAAUAAGUAACGCAUGGGCUAGCUUAGGCUCCCCUUGGAUUACCGGACAACGCCCCGAAAUUAAUCUCGACGAUUGUUGGCCUCAUUGCACGGGAACAUGUGGGCUAGAUGGAAGUCGUCAUCAAAUAUAUGGAGAAUAUCAAAUGGGGGGAUUCGUAGGGAAUGGAGGAGUCGGGGAUGGAGGAAGGGAGGCAAGAGUGUCGCGCUACAGAGAGAAGAGAAGGACAAGGUUGUUCUCAAAGAAAAUAAGGUAUGAAGUUAGGAAAUUGAAUGCAGAGAAGAGGCCAAGAAUGAAAGGAAGGUUUGUUAAGAGGUCUUCCUUUGCAGCAGCUAAUGCAGCCUUUCCUAAGUAGUUCAAUAUUUUGUUUAUAUUAGGAAAUUUAUAUAAAUGCAAACUUUGUAAUUUUGGUUACACUAAAAUUAUAUGGCCAUUUUUUUUGUACACUAUAGGAAUGUAACUAUGUAAGUACGAGAGGGACUUUGUAUUAGAAGAGAGUCUCGUAAUAACUCGAUAAGUUUUAGGUUCGAGCUCGAAUUAAAUUCGAGUAGUAUCAUACACAUUGCUGUUUUGUGUAUGGGAGUUGUAGUUGUUAAAUGUUAAUGUAACAACCGAUAAAUUCAUGAGAAAAUUUAAACCA